AAAUGUGUCACGAUUUUGGCACAAUAAAGGGAGAUUUGGGAUUGUGAUACGAACCCAAUGGGCGUUGGCAACGUCAUCCAUCCAAUCUUCACACUUUUCCCCCAAUCCUUCUUCCUUCCUUGGUUGGUCUCUGUGUAGUGCUUCACCCACCACCAAACCCAUCUCCAUUUCUCCUCCACGUCUAUGGGUUUCUUUGGUGGGCACUGCAGCGUGGACUCUACAGCCCUUUAUUGACUCUCUCCUCACCCUCCUCUCUUCAUUUCUGCUUUUGGGUAUCCAUUUUUGAGUCUCAAUAUCCAUCAAUCUCGAGCAAUUUUCAAGGUUACGAUGAGUGCGGUGAGUUUGGCAGCGUCGCUUCAAUCCUGCUCCAUUUUCACUCAAGCUUGUAGAUCCAGUAGUUUUCCAUUGAAAAGAGGGUCGAAAUCGUUUGUGAUUUCGAGGCAGAGGUUAUCCAGUUCCUCGAUUUCGUCUCUUUCCGUCUAUGCAGUUCUAGCCAAGGAGGAGACUGUGACGGAGGAGGAGGAAGGGAAACCUACUUUCAAUUUCAAGGAGUAUAUGGUUCAGAAGGGGAAUUCCGUGAAUCGAGCUUUGGAUGCUGCGGUUUUUCUUCGAGAACCAUUGAAGAUUCAUGAAGCGAUGCGGUAUUCUUUAAUGGCGGGCGGGAAGCGCGUUCGUCCUGUUCUUUGCAUCGCGGCGUGUGAACUCGUCGGCGGGAAUGAAUCCAUGGCGAUGCCGGCGGCUUGCGCUGUGGAAAUGAUACACACAAUGUCCUUGAUCCAUGACGAUCUUCCUUGUAUGGAUAACGACGAUUUGCGCCGAGGAAAACCUACAAAUCACAAGGUAUUCGGCGAGGACGUUGCUGUUCUCGCUGGAGAUGCGCUUUUGGCUUUUGCUUUUGAGCAUGUUGCGGUGUCGACCAUCGGCGUAGCGCCGCCGCGGAUCGUUCGAGCAAUUGGAGAGUUAGCGAAGUCGAUUGGGUCUGAGGGCCUCGUCGCCGGCCAAGUUGUUGAUAUUAACUCCGAAGGAGCGGCAGAUGCAGGCCUUCAGCAGCUUGAAUUCAUCCAUUUGCAUAAAACCGCCGCGCUUUUGGAAGCGGCAGUGGUUCUUGGAGCCAUUCUCGGCGGCGGAUCGAACGAGGAAGUUGAGAAACUCCGAAACUUCGCCAGGUAUAUCGGAUUGCUAUUUCAGGUAGUGGAUGAUAUUCUGGAUGUCACAAAAUCUUCAAACGAAUUGGGGAAAACUGCCGGGAAGGAUUUGGUUGCUGAUAAAGUUACAUAUCCAAAACUCAUGGGCAUUGAAAAAUCAAGGGAAUUCGCUCAAAAAUUGAACAGAGAUGCUCAGGAUCAGCUCUCUGGGUUUGAUCCCCAGAAGGCUGCUCCAUUGAUUGCUUUGGCUAAUUAUAUUGCUUAUAGGCAAAAUUGAUACUCUCUCUGUGUUCUGGAAUUGCAUUAAAACUGAAUCUUGGGGCUUCUGAAUUUGAGUUUGAUAUCAAUUUCUUCUUGAAUUCUGGAUUCUGGACUCUGUGUUCUUUGCCGUUCUUGUGAUCUUCUCUGUAGUUUAGUUUAGUUCUUUUUUUGGUUCAACCCUUUUGUGUAUCUUUCAGUGUUGUACUGAUACUCAUAAAAGCUCUCAAAAUCUGUAUUGAAACACUUCCUUUAUGUCAAUCACAACUACUUAUAGCCAUUAUGUUAGCCA